AUGCUCGUCCACAGCUGGACUUGUCCAGACGUGGGCCCGCGGCGCGUCUCGCGCACGCUCCCUCCACAGAACAGCAGCCAGUACAACGGCCAUCUCCUCUACAAGGCACGGCUCCGCUCUUCGAGAAAGACUUGGGGCCCAUCAUUGCCCAAAGCAGAGGUGGCCAGGGCACAAGGCGUGCCAUCCGAGCACACCAUGCUCCUCCGACGCCUCAAGAUCUACCGCUUUGAGUUCAUCAUGAACCCCUUCACGGGCCUGCUCACGGACCAGCGGGUCUGCCCGGUGCAGGAAUCCCCGGAGCUUGGCUUCGAGUGCUUCGAGGGCCCCUUCGACCAGAUCGGGGUCACCGACGUGCUGACGCAGUGUCAGGACGGACGCUUCGAGUGGAACUUCUGCAAGAACCGGAAGAGCAUCGACGGCCGGCCCUUCACAGCGUGCUGCAGCUUCCUGUACCUCAACUCCAGGGGCACUGCGGAGUGCCAAUUCAUGGGUACAGCUCAGGGCUCCUGCGAGACCUUGCUCCAGGAGCUGGAGCGGAACCGCAGCAUCUCCGCGUACACGCGGAUCGGCAAUCAGCAGAUCUUGAAGACUUGCUCCAUGGACAGCUGCAACAACCCCGACGAUGUCGUCGCAGGCUGCCCGGCCGUUGUGAACAAGGAGCCGGCGAUCACCGAGGGCUUGAGGUCCACCCUGCAGCCUAGCAGGGAAGACAUGCUUCAGGGCUCUCAGGAUCGGCCACCUGAGCCACCGCCCUGGGGGCUCAUAGGAGGCUUGUCGGCGGUGCCCUUCGUGCUGGUCUGCGUGGCCAUGGUUCUCAGCAAGCUGGGGGUCUUCAAGGAGGCCAUCGACCCGCUCUUCCACAGCUCCAAGGCCAUCGUCGUGGCCUCCGAUACCUUCAUCGAGCCGCAGCGGGAUUUGAUCGUGAGUGGCACCGGCGUGGACACCAAGCCCCUGGCCUAUGGCCGUGUAGAGCCCCGAGCCGUUGGCUUAAAGAAGAUCCAGGAGGAGGAGAAGGUGCUUCCGUUGGCGCUGCGGCAGAAGGCGGCGGACGCGGUGCCGGAGGCCGCGAACGCCGCCUGGGUGGACGCCGUGGUCACAGAGGCGAUGGUGCAGCGGGAAACGCCGCUGCUGCACGGGACCCACGUGCUCGCAGGCACCACCUACACCGGCGAGGGCGUCAUCUGCCUGCCCGAGGAGCUGGACAUGCCCUACAUGGAGAGGCAGGCGCUCGCGCUGAACCACCCCUCAGCGCUUUCAGAUCGCACCAAGAGCUACGAUGAGCUCACCAUCACCACUCAGCACCAGGCUGUGUCCGUGUCGGGAGCUCCCCUGUCCAGCCGGAUGCACACCUCUCGGACGUCGAAGAGCGGUGUGCGGACAGCAUCGAAGCUGACCCAGCGCACCACCCUGACUUCCGAGUACUCCACAGACUUGGUGGCGAUCACUGAGCGCACCCUCUCCCAAGGCGGAACCUUAGAGGAGCAGAUCCUUCAUCAAGAGGCUCUUCCAGAGCCGCCCACCGAGCUGGCGGCGCCGGAGAUGGGCCAUGUGGAGGGCAGCAUCUCUGGGCUGGUGCUGAGUCCGGUGUCUGUAGGGCAGCUUGCCAAUGGGAGUGAGGAGGUUGGAAGACCCAAAGGAACCUGCACCGCCCUGCUGCGGCAGCCAAGCGUCUUCGCAAGCAGUCUGACCGAGGAGCACCGCGAGUGGCCACGUAAGCAGCUGCAGCCUGGAUCUCCAACCUGUGAAGCACAUUUUUCUGCCGGGCAGCUGAUGUCCAAGGCCAACGCCACACAGCAAAGCUUGCGGCUGCUUGCCUACAGCCUCGCGGGCAUCAGUGCCUUCUUCAUCCUUCUGCACUUGCUGCUGACUUAUGUCCUGGGUGGCCCAGGCAUGAUUACGGUGGCCCUGGUGCUCGCUGUGAGCGCCAUAUGGGUCUUCCAAAGGUCGCAGUUCAGGGCGCUGGGCCAGCAGGAGGAGUUGCUGAUGCAGCACCGGGCUUUCGCCGCUGAGGUUGAGCGGGCGUGGGAGAGGUCCCACGCGCACGAUGAGAGAAGGAAGGGCAGAGAGGCGCCGGCGCAAGCGCAUGCUCCCAGCGCAGACGGCUCCACUGCCAAGAAGCGCAAGAAGAAGAAAGCGCGGGAAGACGACGAGGAGACCUUCAUCGUGGAUGACGAGCUGGAGGCGGAGGUGGUGGAGGACUUGGAGGACUUUCUUGAGCACAGCCGGCUGCGACAAGCGCUGAAGAAGACCGCGGAUGAACUCAGGGAGAGCCAGCGGCGCAAAGAGGAGAAGACCUCUCCGGCCCCGCCGGCGCAGGUACAGCUGCCCAAGGCAACUGCCAAGGCAGGGGCUCUGGACGCGGGGGCCGAGCGGAAGGCGGAGGCGAAGGCGGCAGCGAAGGCAAAGGGUCAGGUGCACUCGGCUCAGGACCGCCGGAAAGGUCCAUAUGGAGUUGAGGCCAAGCUUCCUUCAGGUGGCAAAGGACACAAAAGAGAAGCUGUGGAGGAGAAGCGGACAGGCGCAGGCCGCGGUGCCAAUGGAGCCCGGAAGGACCAAUGGCAUAGCAAAGGCUCCCAAGGCUGGUGGCCACAAGCGCGACAGGAGGAGUGGAAUGGUCACUGGGGUAAUGGUGACUGGUGGACAGCUGACUCAAGCUGGACAGGAGCGCCAUGGUAA